AUGCAACAGAUUAAAAGGGCCAAUAAACCGUUUACCAAUGAUUGCAUAUUUCUAAAGAAAACUUUGAGCUUCUCAGUUAUAUUAGAGAAGCCUUUGUUGUUUAAUCGACUUAACUCCAUUGAUUCUCCAGAAAAUGAAACCGUUGAUAGUUUUUCUCAUGAAGAGGAGCCAGUGGUGGCUGGGGAAGACCUCCCUUCUCCCAGUCCUCAAGAACCCGAUGCUCCAUCUGUGCAGUCCGAGGAAGUCUCAGCCAGAGAUUUCCUGCAGAGACUGGACUUGCAGAUUAAGUUGUCAACACAGGCAGCCAAGAAACUAAAAGAAGAGAGCAGAGAUGAAGAAAGUCCCUGUGCAACUUCCCUCUAUUACAGGGAAACCCUUCAAGAAUAUUUAGAUGGGAAAAAGGAGAGUGAGGAAGUUCAAAGCAAGAGCUGCAAACAGAAAGAAGAAAGCAGAUUGAAAUUGGCUAAGCUUCUGCUCUGCGGCACUGAGUUGGUGACAAAUAUCCAGGUGGCUACAGAUAUCAGAGAGAUCCAUAGGAGAGUCGAAGAGGAAGAGAUAAAGCGCCAGAGAGUUGAGAAGCUGGAGAAUGAAGUUAAGACCAGCCAGGACAAAUUUGAUGAAAUCACCGCCAAGUGGGAAGAAGGCAAACAGAAGAGAAUUCCCCAAGAUCUGUGGGAAGUGCUCAACACGCAGCAGCUACACUGUGCUGGACUGAUAGAAGACAAGAACAAGCUUAUCAGUGAGCUACAGCAGGAGUUAAAAACAAAGGAUGAUCAGUAUGUGAAGGAUCUGAAGAAACAAUCAGAUGACAUCUGUCUGCUUCUGGGGAGGAUGGAAGAACAAGUGAAGAAUGUAAUGAAAACUUUUCGUCAGGAGCUCCACCACAUUGAGAAAGCAUUUGAGGUGGAACGUCAAGAGCUACUGACCAGUAAUAAGAAGAAAUGGGAGUGGGCCCUGCAGACUCACAAUGCCAAGGAGCUGGAGUAUCUUAUCAACCGCAUUAAGAAAGUGGAAGAAUAUGAGAAGCAGCUGAACAAGCAGAGGAUCUGGGACUGCGAAGAGUACAACACCAUCAAGAUCAAGCUGGAGCAGGAUGUGCAGAUUCUUGAGCAACAGCUUCAGCAGAUGAAAGCAAUUUAUCAGCUAAACCAAGAGAAGUUGGAGUACAACUUCCAGGUGCUGAAGAAGCGAGAUGAAGAAAGCACGGUGAUUAAAUCCCAGCAGAAGAGAAAGAUCAAUCGCCUGCAUGAUGUACUUAACAAUCUGAGAUCAAAAUACGCCAAGCAGAUAAAGCAGUUUCAGGAGGAAAACCAGUCCCUAACCUCAGACUACAAACGUCUCGUGAUGCAAUUCAAGGAGCUUCAGAAAGCCAUGAGGCAUUUUGCUCUUAUUGAUGACAAGAAACUUCGGGACGUUUGGCUGAUGAAUGAAGAGGAAGCGAAGGAGCUAAUCGGCAGAGCCUUUGCUGUGGACAGGGUCAUCCAUACCCACCAUCUGGGGCUCCCCUGGAUGGCGCCGGACUUCUGGUUCCUGAAGAAUGUGGGACCCAUUUCUCAGCAGCAGAAGUCUGCCACACAAAUAGUAGAAGAAGUGCUGAUGCAAACAGAAGAGGAGGAGGCAGAAGAGACCACCUCAGAAGCAGAGACUUACCUGGACCUGCCAAAGCGAGUUUCCCCAAAAACUACCAGAAAGAUACUGAUGCUUCUUUGUGAUGAGUCGGGUUUCCUCAUAGAGAGCAAGCUGCUGAGCCUUCUCCUCCCCCUGGAGAAGAGUGAAGGCUAUCUGCUGAGGCUGGAUACCAUCUUCUCGGCCCUGGGAAUUGAAAGUGAGGAUGACUUGUAUAAACUGGUGAACUUCUUCCUCAAAUACCGAGCUCAUCAUUUAUCCUCUGGCCAGCAUCUUUCCCAGAUCAAGCCCUGUACUCAAGCCAACAUGGAGCAGACAAGCAUGGUGUCAGAAUCGCCCCUGGCAGAGCAGACAGUGAUGGAAGGAGAAAAGGAGGAAAGCCUCGUGGAGGGGAAGCAGAAGGAAGAGACGGAGCCCCAGCCCUCUCCCAGGCUCAUCCACCCCAAUGAUGUCCCCAAGAUUCUGGAGGCCUUUGUCAUGGGUCUGAAGAAACCCAGGGACCCACAGGCACCGCUGAGAGUGUGGAAGGACGUGCGCAGUGACUCCAAGGACUCCGAGUACUGGCAGGCCCUGACCACGGUUAUCCCUCCUGCCAAGCAGGGUCUCUGGGAUGCUCUCUACACUGCCCUGGAGAAAUACCACCUUGUCCUGACCCAGAGGGCCAAGCUGCUGAAGGAAAAUAGUUCUCUGGAGCAGCAGAACACGGAGCUCCAGAUGCUGUUGCAGCAGUACCUUGACUCCAAGAUAAACUCUGAACUGCAAGUUCCACCGAUUCAGGUGUUGCAAGUACCCAAAAAUAGAGCUGGACCCCAAAAGGCCACCAUGUGAAGGCUGGCGCUGAAGCUGGUGUUCGUGCUGGUGCAUCCACCCUGGGACUGCACCUGGGCCCACUCUGGAUUUCCCAGAGCUGUCUUUAUAGCCUGUGAAAAUCAGGAGCAAGAGGAGUUACCUGUGUCCUGCAGCUCUGAUUAAAGCCUUUUAAAUGUU